AUGUCUCCAUCAGAUCUUCUGUCGAAGCCAGAGUUCUUUGGGUAUUUGCAUCUCGCCUCUUCCUCUGUGGUUGCCCCGGCAUCGCACAACAGCGGAGAGGAGGAGCACAUCAAGUGGACAACAGCGCCAGCGCCAGCGGCAACGUCAGCACCAGCACCAACACCGAAAAUCUAA